AGAGGGGGAGGGGAGAGAAAGCAAGAAAGACUGCUCUCUUGUGCUUUUGUUAGUUUUGCAGAAGAGGCAGAGAAACAAGAGAUAACAAAGGCUCGGUUUCCUUUCUGUUAGAGAAGGCUUUGUCUUUCCUUUUGCAACAAUGUCUGUGUCCGGCAAGAAAGAAUUUGAUGUGAAACAAAUCUUAAGGCUGCGCUGGAGGUGGUUCAGUCACCCUUCUCAAGGUUCGCCUAACACUGGAAGCUGCCUUCAGCAGGAAGGAUAUGAGCAUAGAGGGACCCCGGUUCAGGGCAGGUUGAAGAACCACUCUCGGGACAGAAACGGACUGAAGAAAGGCAACAGUCCUGUCCACUACAAUAUACUGACACCAGUGUCGGGACCGGCCGCUGCUCAUCAAAGAGCCCUUCAGAAUUGGCACCAGCAAAACCUAAUAGAACACCUUCAAUCAAAUAAAAAUAGUCCUAAAGGAGGAUCAGAGGAGAAUUUGAUCAAAGAAGAUUGUGAUAAACAUUCACAAAAUUUGAAGAUGAAGCCUGAUAACCACAAAGAAGAUUCUAAAGCAAGACUGUAUUCACAGUAUACUGAAGAAAUGAAUACCUCCAGGUCUGAGGAGCAAUACCACGCUAAAAACCAUGCGGAGCAAACUCUCUGUAAAAUGGAGAACUACUUGAAAGAGAAACAACUGUGUGAUGUACUACUCAUUGCUGGACACCUCAGAAUUCCAGCACAUCGGUUGGUUCUCAGUGCAGUGUCUGAUUAUUUUGCUGCCAUGUUCACUAAUGACGUGCUUGAAGCCAAACAAGAAGAGGUCAGAAUGGAAGGAGUAGAUCCAAACGCACUUAACUCCUUGGUGCAAUACGCUUAUACAGGUGUCCUUCUAUUAAAAGAAGAUACCAUUGAAAGUCUGCUGGCUGCAGCUUGUCUCCUGCAACUGACGCAGGUCGUUGAAGUCUGCUCCAGUUUCCUCAUAAAGCAGCUCCAUCCUUCAAAUUGCUUAGGAAUUCGAUCAUUUGGAGAUGUCCAGGGCUGUACAGAGCUCCUCAACGUGGCACAUAAGUACACCAUGGAACACUUCAUUGAGGUAAUAAAAAACCAAGAAUUCCUCCUGCUUCCAGCUAAUGAAAUUUCAAAACUUCUGUGCAGUGAUGAUAUUAAUGUGCCUGAUGAAGAAACCAUUUUCCAUGCUCUAAUGCAGUGGGUAGGUCAUGAUGUUCAGACUAGGCAACAAGACCUGGCAACCCUGCUUUCUUACAUCCGACUGCCAUUACUUCCAGCACAGUUACUGGCAGAUCUAGAAAAUAGUUCCAUGUUUGCUGGUGAUCUUGAGUGUCAGAAGUUACUCAUGGAAGCUAUGAAGUAUCAUCUCUUACCUGAAAGAAGACCCAUGAUGCAAAGCCCUAGAACAAAGCCUAGAAAAUCAACUGUGGGGUCUCUUUAUGCUGUGGGAGGCAUGGAUGCUAUGAAAGGUACCACUACAAUUGAAAAAUAUGACCUCAGAACCAACAAUUGGCUGCAUAUUGGCACCAUGAGUGGCCGUAGGCUUCAGUUUGGUGUUGCAGUUAUUGAUAAUAAGCUUUAUGUUGUGGGAGGAAGAGAUGGUCUAAAAACUUUGAAUACUGUCGAAUGUUUUAAUCCUGUUGCCAAAAUCUGGAUUGUCAUGCCUCCCAUGUCAACACACAGGCAUGGCUUAGGUGUAGCCACACUUGAAGGACCAAUGUAUGCUGUAGGUGGUCAUGAUGGGUGGAGUUAUCUAAAUACUGUAGAAAGAUGGGAUCCUGAGGGACGCCAGUGGAAUUAUGUGGCCAGUAUGUCUACUCCUAGAAGCACAGUUGGUGUUGUUGCAUUAAACAAUAAGUUAUAUGCUAUUGGUGGACGUGAUGGAAGUUCCUGCCUCAAAUCAAUGGAAUAUUUUGACCCACAUACUAACAAGUGGAGUCUGUGUUCUCCAAUGUCCAAAAGACGAGGAGGUGUGGGAGUUGCAACAUACAAUGGAUUCUUAUAUGUUGUAGGGGGUCAUGAUGCCCCUGCUUCUAACCAUUGCUCCAGGCUUUCUGACUGUGUGGAAAGAUAUGAUCCAAAACAUGAUUCAUGGUCUACAGUGGCACCUCUGAGUGUUCCUCGAGAUGCUGUUGCUGUCUGUCCCCUUGGAGACAAACUGUAUGUGGUUGGAGGAUAUGAUGGACACACUUAUUUGAACACUGUUGAGUCAUAUGAUGCUCAGAAAAAUGAAUGGACAGAGGAGGUGCCUGUUAAUAUUGGAAGAGCUGGUGCAUGUGUUGUGGUGGUGAAGCUGCCCUAAAGCUACCUUUAUCAAAUAGAAUGAAACUGGAUAACUGCAAGAAGCAUAGUAGAAAAAAAGGGAGAAAGAAGUAAUAUGUUUUUUUUUUUCUAAAAUUAAUAAGCAAACUCGAAAUUUGUUUUGUCAUUCUAAUAUAUACUUAGAAUUGCUCUCAUUUUUGAAGCCGACAUAAGUUUUAAAUAUGAAUUGUAGACAAAUAUUAAGUGCAUAUUUUGUCAUAGUUAAUAAUAUAGAGAAAUCCAAUAGGCUAGGUUUAACUUCAUUAGUAUAAAAUGGUAAAAUACUUAAUGAAAAUUGUUAGUGAUCAAAGUGUGAAGAUAAUAUAAGCAUUAAGAAUUUUCAAAUUAAGAGCCUGACAAGUGAAAAACACUUUAUUUUUUAAAAAGGUACUCUAUUAUCCAAAAUAUAACAAUAUAAAAUAAUGCCUGAAGCUUAAAAUACAGAAUAUGAUUUUCAUCAAGACACUAGUCUUAUUCAAACCACACUGAAAUAAUGAUAUUAUAUCUUACAUUUCUCAAGAUGAAAAUAUUUCCUGUGUCAAGUCUAAAAAAUGGUGCACUGUUAUAAUUUGUUAUGCUGAUCACAGUAUGUCAAAAUUUUCACAAGCUUCAUUACUCUUUUCAGUAACUAUUUACCAGAAAAUGCAUUCAGAUUUGAUAGUUCUUACCAUACUGUGAUAUUAAUUUAGUUACCAGUAAAAUAUUAUUGUGAUGUUACAUAUAUAAUUGACAUCAUAAAACAGUGAAUGUUUAUCAUAUUGAUACCAAUUGUGACUUCAGCUUCAGUAUAUCAGGUCCUCCCUUACAAGAAAAGUAUUAUUCUCCUCAAAUAUUUAUGUAAACUCAGUAAACACAUACCAUUAAGUUAAAUGGGUUUGAAAACCAACAAUUUUAAGUGCAUUAAAAUUGAGAAAAUGUUACACAAUAUUCACACAUGGAAACAUCAAAAUGUUUUAUAUGCAUAGUCCAUGGUCCAUUUUGUAGCUAUCUUUUAUGCACCAACACAUGAUUUUCUGUUAACAUUAUAUUUAUCCAACUGAAAAAAGGAUAAUUGUAGUAAAACACUUUUUUUCAAAUUAAUAUAGAGUAACAAAAAUAGCUAUUUGAAUAGUAUUUUAGAUCUAAAUUUUUAUUUCCAAUUAUUCCAUUUAAAUAUAAAGCUAUUAAGGGAAAUUUUGGAAAAACUCUUUAUGAAAGCAACUUUUCAGGUAAAUGUUCAAUUUUAGAAUUUCUACAAUAUGUUCUUUUAAAAUGGCUUUGUAUUGUAGAUUAUGAAAGCAGAAAAUAAAAAUCCAGAGAAAUACUUAUAAAAUGUACUACUACCUAUUAAAUUUUUAAAAACAACAACAUAAGUUGUACAAAGAUAUUUGUACUUUGACAAGUUGAAUUUAAAUAAAACAAAUUUCCUCUGGUUA